AUGAGUAAAAAUGACGCGAAUAACAACAACGAUUUAAAUAAUUACAAAAAGCAAAAGAUGAUUGAGGAGUCCAAUAAUUACUUGAAAACUUUAUCACGUAAAAAUGAAAGUAACAGUAGCAUAAAUUCGGAGAAUUUAGAAAAUGAGUCGUUAAGAGUUGAAGAAAGAAAGGAAAGUAGUAGUGAUGAUGAGCAUCGAGUAGAAGGUGAUAGUACACAUAGUCUGAACGAAAUGAUUGAACUGGAGGAAGUGUUUACUCUUGAAAUAUUAGUAAAAAUAUUGAGUAAGAUAUUUUUAAAGGGUAACUAUUGUAUAACUAAAGAUGAUAUUAACACAAAGAAUUGUAAGGUGUUGAUUUUUGAAUCGAAAUGUGAUAUAUCAUCAAAUAUGAAAAUGAAAGAAAAAGGGGACGAUGAGGAUUUCAUUAACAUGGUUUUUUAUUUUCAAAAUAAAAAUUAUUUAUUUUUUUUAAUAUAUUGUUUAAAUAAAAAAAAUAUUGUCUAUUUAAAUUUUUUUAAUCCUAUAUUAAAUGAAAAAGAAACAAUUGAAUCAUUGAAUAUAUUUUUUAUGAAUAAUUAUUUUCCACAUAUUAUACUGGGCUUAAAUAAUGGAAAAGUGUUCUUAUACAACCAUGAAGGAAUUUUAUGUAUGCAAAAUAAAUUUAUUGAUAAUAAAAUUAAAAUUAUUAUUAUUGAACAUCAAAAGGAUUAUAUCUUAUUUGUACAUGAAAAUAAUACUAUAGUAAACUCCAAUAUUUAUAUAAUAAAACGGGCUUUGGAAAAAAAUUCAAAAAUAUUGCCCUUUCAUUACUUGUUUACUAUAAAUAAAAAUAUCAACAUAAAGCAUAUACUAUUAAGGUAUGACAACACUCCAGAAGUUUUAAAAAAGGAGUUGUAUUCUGUUUAUAAUAUGGAAGAUUUAAUGCGCUAUAUACACGCUAACAUAAAUGUGAACAUAAACGCACACAUGAAUGUAGACAUGAACGCAAAUAUGAACACAAAUAUGAAUGCAAAUAUGAAUGCAAACACGAACGCAAAUAUGAAUGCAAACACGAACGCAAAUAUGAACGCAAAUAUGAACGCAAAUAUGAACGCAAACAUGAACUCAAACAUGAACUCAAACAUGAACUCAAACACGAACGCAAAUAUGAACGCAAAUAUGAACGCAAACACGAACGCAAAUAUGAACGCAAACACAAACGUAAACGUACUUUCCAACAUAAAUGAUAAUGUGAAUGCCUAUCAUAUUAACAGUGAUCAUAGAAACGUUAAUUAUAUAGUGACGUCUAAAAAUAUGACUCUAUCAAUUCUUAAUAUAGUUAGACCAAACGCGCAAAAUGACUUCUUAACGAAAAAAGAAAAUUUUGGUACGUCUGAAAAGUUAAGUUCAAAAAUUAAUAAUUUUUUAAAAAAUAUAUUUACCAAGCGGAAUGACCCGUCCUCUGCGGGUGUAAUGGGUACGGGCUCUUCCCCUGCUGUGGCAGCGGAAGCGAGUGCAAGCAGUGGUAAUAACAGUGGUAGUAACAACGGAAAUAAUAAUAAUAAUAGUAACAAUAAUAUCAGCAGCAUCAACAGCAGCAUCAACAACAGCAUUAACAACAGCAUUAACAACAACAUCGGUAGCAGUUAUGGAAGCGGCAUGAUGGAGGUCCUCAACACAAAUAUUGUGCAUUGCUUUAAUGAUUCGAAAAGGCAAAUAAUAGACAUAUGUGUAUGUCCGUGGAAUAGCAAUUUACUCUUAGCCCUAGAUAACUUGGGGAGGAUAUGUUUAUUUAACGUAUUAACAUUAAAUAUUUUAUACAUGUGGAAAAGUUACCGAUCUGCCUUUAUGAGUUUUAUACAAAAGAAAACAGUUAGAACUUAUAACAAUGAUAAUUCUGAAAAUGAUUUUAAUAUGAAAGACAUGAACUUAAAUAGUGAAACAUCCAAUGAUUUAAUAAAUAAUAAAUUUGAUAAAGGCAUUUUAUUUUACCUAAAAACCAGAAAUCUAAUUGAAAUCUGGGAUUUAAAAACCAUGCAAAGAAUAUAUAGUGUGAGGACAUAUGAAAACCCAACCCUUUUUAAAAUAUUUUUCGUUGAUCAUGAUGUACCGAAAAAAAUUUAUUUUUUUAACACUAAUCUUCACGUAUUUUUGAUGAGCUCCAAUUUUGAGUUGUUCUACUUAAAAUGGAAAUGA